GCUCUAGGCCGUCCGUCUCCGUCCCCGCGUGCGUGUUAGAGAUAAGAUGUCCUCUUGCCAGUGACCCGGAACGGGGCUAGCUCUCGCCAUGGAGCUGCCGCUCUCUGCGCCGCGCGCGCAUGCCGCCGCUGCCUUCCCCUGCAGCCCCACUUCUAUCUUCCGCCUCCACGGGGCAGCCACUCCCCACAGCCGCGCGCGCCCUCUGCACGCCCGCAGGAACAAGAACUCCAGGGGCGACGCCGCGGAGCCCAAAGUCAUCACCAUCGGCCGGCCCGGGAAGAAGAGCAAGCGGCGCGGCGACAAGAAGCAGGAUCAGCAGCAGCUCCCGGCGGACCAAGAAGACGAAGACGACGAGGAGGACGAUGAUGAGGAGGAGGACGAGAGGGACGUGGCGAUCCCGGAGGUGGUGACGAACCGGAUGAUGCGGCGGGUGGGGGCGUCGGUGGGGAUCCCGCUGGCGCUGGGGCUGGCCUUCUUCCCGGCGUUCUACUACCUGAAGAAGGUGGCGAAGGUGGACGUGCCGAGCUUCAUCCCCUACGGGCUGUCCUUCGUCUUCUUCGGGGCGGCGCUGGCCGGCGUGAGCUACGGCAUCGUGUCAGCCAGCUGGGACCCCGCCAGAGAGGGCUCCCUGCUCGGCUGGAACGAGGCCCGCCGCAACUGGCCCGUCUUCUGGGAGUCCUUCCGGGGCACCCCUCCUCCGAGCCCUCCUCGCCGGGGACGAUGAUCAUAGGCUGUGGUGGUAACUCGGUUAAGCUUAAGUACUCUUGUUUCCCACAAUUUCUUCUUCUUGCUGUACGCCUGUACGUAGCUGUAGAUGUUCUUGUGAGCGUGUGUGUGUAAUACAAUGAGAUUUUGUUGUCCA